AUGAAAAAUAGUAAAGCAGUGGGACUGAAUGGCAUACCUACAGAAGCCUGGAAGGGUCUUGAUGAAGAAGGAAUUGAUAUAUUGUGGCAGUUAAUGAAAAAGAUCAUGGAAAAGGACAUAGUCUUGGUAGCCGAGAACAAGGAAGAACUGGAGGGGAAGCUUGAAAGAUUGAGAUAUUUCUUGGAGAGUAGAGGUUUGAUGAUUAGCAGGAAAAAUACAGAAUAUAUGUCAACCCAGUUGGAGGGUGACCAGCAAACCACAAUCAAAUCAGGUAGGGGAGAUAUCAAAAAGGUUCAUAAAUUCAAGUACCUUGGUUCAGUGAUUGACAAUGAGUGGAACAUGGAAGAGGAAAUUAAAAACCAGAUUCAGUGUGGUUGGAACAAAUGGGGGAAGGUGUACGUUGUUAUAUGUGAUAGGAAAGUUCCUAUAAGAUUUAAGGGCAGAGUGCACAAGGCAGGGGUCAGACCAGCAAUGCCAUAUGAAUUGGAAGAAGCAACUACUAAAGAAAACAGAAGGCAAAAUCUUGGACAUAACUGA